AUGCCGGAAGAGUCGGAAACUACGCAAGAUGCGGUGGACGUUCUUGAGAAAGAAAUGAUGGCAUUCUGCAACUUGGUUCCUGUGAAUAUUUGGGGAUUUGAUGACGAUGUCAAAGAAUCGUUGAAGAUGCGAAAGCACAGUCUGGUGAACCGUCAGUUGAGCAAAAAAGAAAGAAAGACAAUGUCUGCACAACAAAAACAACAGUUAGCGAAAGGUCUCGGUUUAACCCUAAAUACCGUGAAAGAAGUUUUGGAAUGGAUGUCGAACAGCAAGAAGCAUGCUAAGGUUGAACCACAGAAAAUGAUUGUUCCUAUAAAAAGACCGGCUGAUCAAAAUGAAAAGAAGGAAACUUCAAAGAAGGUCCCGAAACCCGAGAAGAAGAAAAAUGCGGAUUCAAGCGAGGAAGAAUCUUCAGAUGAGGAGGAAAGCGACGACGAUGAGAACGAUGACUCAGACAAUGACGUUCAGGAGCCAUCUGCCAAAAAACAAAGAAAGGAAGAGUCCUCCGACGAUGAAGAAGAAGAUGAGAAACCUGAAAUGGAAAACGGUGUCACAGCUGUUCAAGAAGACAACGACUCGACCGAUGAGGAGGAAGAAGAAGUGCCAUCAAAGAAAGCUAAGCUUAUACCAUCAUCUACACUGAAGUCGAACGAUAAAAUUGAAAAGGAAAUAAGGAAGUUAGAAGAAGACGAGGAUAAUGAAUCUCCAGAAGUCAAGCGCCAAAUUGCAUUGCUUCGACUUCAGAAAAAACUCAAAGAAAUGAAAGUUGAGCGAAAAGGCAAAGGGCCUGCCAAAGUAACACCUGCCAUGGCAGCGAAACUUGCUGAGGAGAAACGUCUGAAAAGAAGAGAAAGUAAGCUGAAAUUGAAACAGAGACGUGCCGAGGAGAAGAAGGGAAAAGACGGAGCAAAAAUAAAAACCGAAACUGUUGAGAAUGCUGAAAAUGAAGAAGUCAGUGAGAAGAAAGCAUCUGGAAUCUCCUUCAAUAACCUGAAGUUUGAAAUCAAAGAGGACAAACAAAGAGGAAAGAAAAUAAGAACUGCGAAAAAAGAUCGUGCUCUGAAGUUGACAGGAAGAGACUACAAAUCGCUGAUCGCGAAGGUUGAAGAGACGAAAGCAACUAUUGCCAAAGUCCGUGAAGCUGAUCCACAUAAAGCAACUAUCAUGGAGGAUGAGCUCAAGUGGGAGAAAACCCUGAAAAGAGCUGCUGGCGGAAAAGUGAAGGACAACCUGGAAAUGUUGAAAAAGGCCCUGGCAAAGAAGAACAAGCUGAAAGAGAGGAAGAAGCAAAAGUGGGAUAACAGAGAGAAGAAGGUGGAUGAUGAAAAACAAACGAAGCAAGACAAGAGAAAGAAGAACCUCCAAAAGCGUAUCGACGAUGUAAAGAAGAGAAAGAUGAACAAGUUGAGAAACAAAGGAAGAAUUCUCUAA